AUACCAUCUUGCAUUUCCAAAUAUCCCAAGCAAAAGAAAGCCCGCUUGCAAAGUAAAUUACAAAGCUCACCAAGCAGACUUUCUUCUACUUCUCACACAUAUCAAGCCUCCAGGAAGCACCACUCUGCAUUUGAAACGCACUAAAAGUAUCAAAGAUCAUGACAAAGUGCGCUGUCUUUUCCGUCUCAAUUCUACUUGUUUUUCUCUUCCAUGUUAUUAACACUUUAGCCCAGCCAACGGCGGCACCAGUUCAAUCCACCGCAGCUCCAAAGCCACCCGCCAAUGCUCCAGCCAAGCCGGCCAAGCCCCCAACCUCAGCUGCCACACCUCCCGCCUCACCUGCCAAGCCUCCAAUCCAAUCCGCCAAGGCGCCUGCCCAAUCCGUCCAAGUACCAGUACAAAAAGGCUCUAUUGACGUCACAAAAAUCCUUGCAAAGGCCCGUGGUUACUCAGUCUUUAUCCGUCUCUUUAAGAGCACUGGACUUGCUGCGCAAUUAUAUGCACAACUCAACAAUUCAAACAAUGGGUUUACCAUCUUUGCACCUACAGAUACUGCAUUUUCAAACCUCAAACCGGGCACUAUAAACUCUCUAUCUGACCUACAAAAGACUCAGCUAAUACAAUUUCACAUCUUGAACUCGGUGAUUGGUCUGUCCAACUUCCAAACUCUAAGCAAUCCAGUGCCAACAGAGGCCGGUGAUACUAGUGCUGGAGAAUUCCCACUAAAUGUGACCACUGCCGGCAACCAAGUGAACAUCUCGACCGGCCUUGUGAAUACCACAAUGGGUGGUACAAUAUAUUUGGAUAACAAGCUUGCGAUAUAUCGAGUGGACAGUGUGCUUCUUCCGCUGGACAUUUUUUCUCCUAAGCCAAAGAAAGCUGCAGCUCCUAAACCAGCAUUGUCAGAUUCAAAUACUACAACGACUGCGGCAGAGAGUCCAUCAGGUGCUGCUGCUGCUGCUGCUACUGCUUCUUCUACUACGGACACCGAUGCUGCCAAAGCAAACGCGUCCGGUGCAGUGAGCCUCAGUACAAACAAAAUGUUGUUACCAAUUGGAAUUGCUAUGGUUGCAUUCUUGAUGGGGAAAGGAACUUGACAGCGUAAUAUUCCCAGCUUGAUUUCCCAUGGUCGGGUUGAUCACAUCGUGUGCUUUCACAAUAAUCGGCUUCUUUAAUCUCCUUCUAUGUAAUUUUCUUUUCUCUAGUUUUCUUCCGGCUAUCUGAUCUUUUCCACCUUCUAUGUAAUUUGUGUGAAUGUUAUUGAGCAU